AUGGUCAAAACACGCAAGGAGCGAGCUGGCAAUGCCCACGUCAAGCUCCGCCAGCCUGAUCGGUCUGGGCCAACAGAAAAGACUCUACUCGACUUUGCCCACGAGCAGAAUUUAUUUCAGCAGGUCCAGCAGCGGGAGAAGGAGAUGGCAAAGGAGAGGAGAAAGCAAAGCAUCGCAGACGGUGAUGAUGACGACGGCGAAGUUCCUACCUUGUCUCCCGGUGCAGAGCGAGCCCUCGAAGCUGCUUUAUGGACCGCUACCAUUGCUAUGCUUCACUUCACCUUUGACGUGCUGGUGCAGCAUCAGUAUGGGCAGGAGAUUAGCUGGGCGCAUGUCUGCACAAGAACAGGCCGUGCCUGGCUAGUUUUUCUAUUUUUAUUUUAUUUCCUCCACCCAUUCGAAUCCGAUGCUGUCUUGUUGCCAGGGCUGCCGAGCCGAUAUCAGCGGCCGCUAAGACAAUCAAUCUUCUUCAUAAUGGGCGUUGCGUCAGGAUGCUAUCUCAUUUAUAUUUCCAACACCUAUGGGUAUUUGGCUACAAUGAAGCAAGCACCGCCGCUGGGAUGUUUGUGGCUCUGGGCUGUUGUGGAAUUGGACCUCGUCUGGGGCUGCCUCAGUCUGCUGCUUGCUGCAGUCUUCCUCAAGCAAGGAGGCUACGAAAUUAAAUAG